GUAUAAUUAUAAUUGGAGUGCCGAAUUUUUUAAACAAUUUUCUAAUGUUUUAUGCAAAUAUAAACUCAAUAUUAGGUUAUUAAUAUGAGAGCAUAAUCUCAAGAUAUAAUUAUAAAUUGUAGGAUGAAGUACAUAGACCAAUGAUCCAUAUUGUUUACUUAUAAGUCAAAUUUAUCGCAAAAUGUCUGCAUCGAUAGAAACCACUUGCAAAAACUUGAGAUAUUGAUUGGUCUAUUAAAAUUUUAUUUUCAUUUUACAUGGUUUCCAUUAACUAUAGUUUUAAGUGUAAAAACACGCGCAAACUGGCAAUUAGGAGAUUUUUGAACAAAAAAUAACGCCGUGUUUAAGCAACCUCAUAUUACACAAAAAAGGUGUUUUUAAAUGAAAGGAGCGGAUUUAUACCUAACAUAAUUUUCUUGAUAAAAAAUUUAAUAUCUACAUUUCUGCAUCAAAGUUUUGAACCACAGAUUUUUUUAUGUGUAAUUAAAAUAAUUUAAAAUCACAAAAACUUAAGUUGAGUUUUAAUUAGCUGAAAACCGUAAAUUAUUGCGUGUAAAUUUACGCUAUUUAUACUGCUUUCUUUUAUAACCUUAUAAAGUCAGUUCAAAAAAAACUAUGCAACUUGAACUUCAUUGCUCGCAACUUAUCUUUUGGUAUGCUCAUAUUACCUCGGUGCUCAAAUUACCCGAACCUACCCUAUAGAAGAUUUUUACCACAUUCUUUUACACAAAGUCAAUAACAAACUUUUUACCUUAAUAAAUCAUUUACACGUGAUUAUUAAAAAUAUGAUUCACCUAAUUUUUAACUGAAGUGUCAUAUUUCGUAUCAUAAAUUUUUUUCCUUUAAUGGUAAAAAUAGUCAUCAUAGUUUAAUUAAAAAUCAAACAUACAUUGUAUUAUCGACAAAUAAAAACAUCUAAAUAAACAAGGUUUUUUUCUCAACGAUUAAAUACUUCAAUUAAUUUUAUUAUUUAAAAUUCAAAACGUAUAUUUCAAGUAAACUAGUAUGUUAAAAAGUGUGUGCUUAUAAACACAGCUAUAAUUUUUAUGUAUAAUUAUAUCUAAUUGCAUGUGAAGAUCUUUAAAAGUGUUUGUUAGAAUUGAACUUAACGGUCAGUUCAAAGAAGACGCGAUAUUUCUUUUAUUUAUUUGUUCGUGUGUCGUAAAAGUUCUUUUUCUCAAUUCUACGUUUUUCAUCAUCGUAAAAUGUUCAACCAGGUUGGUUAUAAAGACAAUAAAACAGGAAUUCAAUCUUUAUCAGAAAAUUUAUUUUCACGCAAGAAACUACUUUGCGAAAUUCAACAUUUUUUUUUACAAGAUGCAAACAACUCAACUUUAGUAUUAUAUGGAAUGUCGGGUGUCGGAAAAACACAUCUUGCAAGAAAAUAUUGUAAAAUAUCUUAUAACUUAUAUAAAAACUUUGUUUGGAUUGACGCAGCAUUUGGAAUGUUACAAACUUCAAUAAGAAACCAAUGUCAAAUAUUAGGAUAUGAGGUUCAUGAUUCAAAAGGAGAAUACUUUAAUAUAAAAGUGAUUGUUGAAAAAAUUCACAACUAUUAUAAAAAUGAAAAGACUUUGUAUAUUUUUGACAAUGUCGACGAUGAAAGUGUUAAAAAUUUAUCAAUGUACAUUUCAAAAAAACCGAAAUCAUUCACGUUGAUUACCUCCCAAUGGAGAACUUGGUCGAAUAAUGUAAAUAAAAUGUUAGUUGAUAUUUUUUCUUUAAAAGAAGCAUUUACUUAUGUAAAAAAAAAUAUUAAAGAAAACAGCGACGAAAACAUAAAAAUCUUAAUUAAAGAACUUGGUUAUCAUCCGUUUGCAAUUACUCAAGCAAUAAAAUAUAUAAAUAUACAUAAAAUUUCGAUAGAAAAAUACAUUGAUCGAUAUAGAUCGAAACCAUCAGAAAUAUUAGACAAUAAUAACUUUCCAACCGAAGAAGAAUCAAAGUCGGCAAUACAAGCAAUUAACUUAGUUUUAAUAAAAUUAGAAAAAACUAAACCUUUUCCAUUUAAAAUAUUAAACUGUUUAUCUCAUUGCGACGGUCAAAACAUCAGUAAACAGUUUAUAACAAAAAUCUCAAAUCAAAUGGAAACAAACGAUGAAUCUUUAAUAGAUGAAGCUAUUGGAUUACUAAUGAGUUAUUCUUUACUAAACUGUUUUGAUGAUAAAAAAUAUACAAUACACGAACUGACACAGUUAACAUGUAAAUGUUUUCAAAAAAGAAAUUCAAGUACAAUUACAUACCUUGAUUUAAUUGAAAAUUGUUUUAAAGUUGAAUUGAAUGAAGUAAAAGAUCACAUAGAUUACGGAAAUCAUUUUGUUUUUCAAUUUAUCUAUAUGUUUCACACUAACGGAAAAAAACUUUCGGAAACCUUCCAUCAUAUGACGACUUCUAUUCAAAGGUUAUUAGUAUGUAAAGGUUUAUUUGAAGAAGCAAUCGAAAUAUUGAAAGCUGUUCAAAAAUUUAAUACAGAAACUUAUGGUGAAAAUAACCUAAUCACGCUUGAUACAAAACAUAAUAUCGCAAGCUGUUUGGACAACAUGGGAAAAUAUAACGAAGCUUUAGAAAUUUAUUAUUCUGUUGAUAAAAUACAAACUGAAAUUUUAGGUAUCAACCAUCCGUCUACAAUGACAACAAAACAUAAUAACGCACUCUGUUUGUACAAUAUGGGAAAAUAUAACGAAGUAUCAACCAUCCGUCUUCAAUGGCAACAAAACAUAAUAUUGCAAACUGUUUGA